AUGAGAUAUUUGGAUAAUAUUUAUAAGCAGAGUGACAUAUCGUGGUUUACUCCGGUGGAGAUUUUUAAGCCUUGGUAUGCCCAUGCUAUUGCGGAAGCCAUCACGCGCACCGCAAACUUCUCUGUUCCUCUAAAAAUUUAUGAAAUUGGUGGUGGAUCAGGAACAUGUGCCAAGGGUAUAAUGGAUUACAUAAUGUUGAAUGCUCCUCCAAAAGUUUACAACAGUAUGACUUACACGUCAGUUGAGAUCAGCCCUUCACUUGCUGAGGUGCAAAAAGAAACUGUUGGCGAAGUGCGCAGCCAUAUCCCAAAGUUCAAAGUAGAAUGCCGUGAUGCUGCUGACCGGAGUGGAUGGGGGGAUGUGGAGCAACAACCAUGUUGGGUUAUAAUGCUAGAGGUACUUGACAAUCUUCCGCAUGAUGUUGUCUAUUCAGAGAGUCAAAUCUCCCCAUGGAUGGAAGUUUGGGUUGAGAAACAACAUGAACGAGAAUCUCUCAGCGAGUUAUACAAGCCAUUGCAAGACUCACUUGUUACACGUUGUGUUGAGAUCACGGACUUGGAUAAAACUAAAACACCACAGAGCAGUGCGGUAACAGCACUUAAAAGUAUUUGGUCUAAAGUUCACCCAAAACCACGUAGAUGUUGGCUGCCAACUGGUUGCUUGAAAUUACUCGAGGUUCUCCAUGAGGUGCUACCAAAGAUGUCUUUGAUUGCUUCUGAUUUCAGCUACUUGCCAGAUGUGAAGAUACCUGGGGAACGAGCUCCACUGGUUUCAACUAAAAAAGAUGGGAGCAGCACAGAUUACCAAGAUUAUAUGGAGGCUAAGGGUGAUGCUGAUAUCUUCUUUCCUACAGACUUUUGGCUUUUGGAACAAAUUGAUCAUUAUUGUUCUGGGUGGCUAAAACUUCAAGAUGACCAUUCAUCGAAAAAGGGAAGGAAAAGGCGAACAAUUACGCUGGAAUCAUCGGCUUUCAUGGAAGAGUUUGGUUUGCCCACAAAAACGAGAACGAAGGAUGGAUACAAUCCACUCUUGGAUGAUUUCAAGAAUACCAAAUUUUAUCUCAGUGUCCCCACUCACAAUACUAAGUAG